AUGAACAAUCUCUUGAUAGUACUGAUUCUUUUGGGCCUAUGCAUCGGCUUAAGCAAUGGUUUCCGCAUGCUAGGAGGAAGCACAGUCACGUUAAGCAACCAGUUGGAACACAACAAACUCCUCAAAAUUCGUUGUGACAACGACGAAGGUGAGAAGAUUGUGAAAAUCGGCGACGAAUACAAAUUCACUUUUGGUGACAACUUUUUCGGAACGACCCGGUACUCAUGUAAAAUGGACCAAGGUCCUAAUUUCAAACAUCACACCGAGUUUGUGGCGUAUGACGCUUCGUGGAGCAAAGCGCUUGAGGCUACAUGCAAGUGGAUUGCAAGAGAAGAUGGUAUCUACUUUUCUCAAGAUGGAAAUCCCCCUACGUGGAAAUAUUCGUGGGAUGGACCUCACGUUCUCAAAAACUAG